UACUUCACGAAUACGAUCAACACCUCGGACUCCGGCGGACACGUAUCGCAUGGUCAGAGCCAUGUCGCACAUCCUCCUCGCACCGCCCGCCACGAGAUAGCGAUCGCGACCGAGCACCCGAGGCCGUCUUGGGCCACUGUUUGUGGAGCGAUCAGGCAGCGAAAGACGAGAUGGAAGCGGUCAACAAUGUCUCCUACAUCCCGUCAGCAAUGGACUUGCUGCUCGUGGUCCCGCGGCUUGCUCAGCGAGCCGGGAACUUCGCCCUGUACCACAUGCCCGAAGCCGUGGACAACAUCGCCGGCAAGAUCUGGAGCGGCAGCAUGAUACCCGAUCCCACCACCCACCACACCAUUGCCAACUCCACCAUAUCCAAUGCCGGCACUGCUCUCGUCCAGACGACAGCAUCAGCUCUGGAGUCUUCCCUCAAGGAUGCAUUCACGCAGGGCAGCGACGAGUCGGGCUCGUUCUUGAUGGGAGUUGCGGCUGGCAUAGGAAAGCUGAAGAACUUUGGGGGCAUCUUCUCAUACAUGACUUCGCGAUGGGCGUUGACGACAUUCACGGCCGCCGUGUUGCUCAAUCGCACGCAGUUCUAUGCUUCAUCUCGCGAGCACCUGCGGUUGCGUUUCCACAUGCGACUCGCGCUGUACCUCAUCCCAAUCCUCGCUUUCCUGACUCAGAUGUUGCACAUCCUGCAGGCUCUGAGAUGCCAGACUUCUCCGGACUUCCCGCAACUACGAUACGGUGAUCCAUUGAAGAACCUCACGAUCGAUUUCGCAGCGGAAGGAGGCUUCUUGUACCGCUUAAGCUCCACAUUGCUGUUUUGGCAAGACGAUGCUCAAUGCUGUCAUGCCAGAUCAAUGUCUCUGGUCGGCAUGGGCGAUGACAAGAGUGCUUUGAGGGGAUCCAUGUCCAUGCUCUACUGGUUCUUCCUGACUUUGUGUACGAGUCAGCUUUUCGAGACCUUGGCAUGUGCUUUGCAAGGCAGAAUCCCCAAGCCGGAAACAGGCAUGACGAUUUUUGAGCACUCUCUGGCAUUUGCCGAAUGCGAAGCCAUGAUCAGUAGCGCACUCGGGUUUGGCGUGUUCGGUCUAUCGAAGAGCGGAAGUUCUGGCUCAACGACUAGUUCUGGCCCUCUUCUGAGCAGAUCUGAAAUCAUGCAACGACUGAAUGUGCCUCCAGAAGUUCUGCUGGUAUGUCUGAUAUCCUGCUUCAGCCAUAUCAGCAGCGCCUCUCUGGCUGUCGCUGGUAUUCGAGACAAGGUACGGCUCGUGAACACGGCUGUUUGGGCAUGCUGUUAUAUGUCCGCUCUCAUCUGGAGUUUUACCAAGAUCUUCAUUGGCGAUGCCGACGACUCGGAUCUUGGCUUUCUCAGAUUCCCAACGGUCAUGCUUGUAGGCUUCGUUCCUCACAUCACAAUACUCACUGGCAUCUUGGUCUGUGGCGCUAUCUAUGGAAUAGCUUUCUUAGUGACUGCGUUCUCCAUUCCGCGCGAGACAGCCGAGAAUUUCUCUCUGCGGCAACGCUUCGCAUGGGCAUACAACAAUCUCCAGGCCAAUGUUCAAUUCUCGCAAAGCUCAGCAAUUCGCAUACAGAUGUCAGAGGAUGUCUAUACUAUGCUACUCAAAAUCGGCUUCAAUGUAUUGACUGCAGCUAGUGAAGCAGUCUACCUGAAUGAAGGCAGCCGCAUCCAUAUCGCGCCUAUGACUUGGCUCGAGCAAAAGCGCAUCGAUGAGUUGGCGUCGGAAAUGGAUCGACACGCUACUCCGGCUGUGCCUUCAGAGCUGCUCGACUCUGGUAUUGCCAGAGGUGUCAACUUCGUUGAUCACCAGAAUCUUGCGAUUAGCCAAUCACCGUAUGCACGAGAGCGCAAGUCGAAGCCUGCAAAGACUGGAGCCGAGAAACAGAACGCCGCCGAAAUGGACACCGGAUUGGGAAUAACACAGCGUAGAAGCCGCAUGCAAUUAACUUUCGAUUUCAUCGCCGGGAUAAUGGGCCUUACUCUCAGUCUGCAAGCACACAUCUUGCUGGGCUUGCUGCACAAGCUAGGCAUUGAACGUCGGCCUUCAUGGUUGCUCAAAGUUGCAGGAAUCGCGGAGGGCCAACGAAAACCUUCGGCACAUUUUCGCAGCAAGCGGUCGGACCCCUUAAAUUUCUACGUGCUGGGCGAUGACGGUAGCCUGAAACUGCCACUGGACAACAAUGUCGACGUCGAAGUGGAAACCAGACGCAUGAUGAUGCGCAGAGGCAUAUACGAGGACGAACAGCACCUCAGUAACGAUCUCUACAAACGGUGGAGGGGUGGAGGCUGGUACGGCGAGCUCGAUGCUAGCGGUGACUAUGCCGCUAGCGUGGCUGACGACGAUGAUGUCACGAGCGUAAUCUCUAUGAGCACGAAUGCCAGCACCAAUGGCGACGAUGAUUCGGAUAGCGGAAGGAGAACUCCGACUCAAGAAGAUCCAUAUGGUGGCCGUUUCAGCAGGGAGUCUUCUGUCACGACGGACGGUGGCGUUGACUUAAGCUCGCUUUCGAGAUUGCUCAACCCGCAGAACUCGACUGAUCGAGAAGAGGCCAGGCUACUGUCGUACAGUUUGCAGUCUGAUCGCCCCAUGACACGGAGUCAGUACCGUCGGAAUCAAGACCGCACUCGGGCAGAGCUCCUGACCGGCCUGCGCAGCAGCUCAUCGGCCAAGGAAGGCACUUUCCCCUCCUUAUCCAAUCCAGAGGACGAAGAGCGAGAUCUCGAACACUUCAUCCUCUCCCAACGUUCGAAAGCCAAAGCUCGGGCGAAACGUGCUGGCACCUGGGAAGCGGGCGCGGAAGGCAUGGGCGAAGGCGGACCACAGUGUGUGGUGUGCCAGUGCUCUCCUCGCACGAUACUGGUAUGGCCUUGCGGAUGUUUGAGUAUGUGCGACGAUUGUCGUGUUGGCUUAGCGGCGAGGAACUAUACAAAGUGCAUUUGCUGUCGCACAGACAUCGCGGCGUAUUCGAGGUUGUAUGUACCUUAGGUCUUGGACAUUCUGCCGCAGCGCAGGCAUUAGAGAGCGUGUUUUUGAAUCGAUGCAUAUUUCACGGUGUCACUACUC